AGUAAGGUGGUGGGGGAGACGAAACUCGACGGCAGAGAGAUCCCAAAACCGCAGUCUCAGACCAAGCUUCGCAUCUCUCUGUUGACUUUACCCACAAGUCAAUUCCAAAACCCUAGCUUCUUCUCCCAUCUCUCCCUGAGGAUUCUCAAAUCCUUAUCUCUUCUUCUUCUUCUUCUUCUUCCUCUCUCUCUCUCUCUCACAGAUCAAUCAUCUUCUCCUCUCCGAUCCAUAUGCUCCCGACGAUGCCAAGAUGCCACUUUCUCCGCCAUCUCUUCCUCUUACUAUUGCUGGUACUGUCACCAUGGACAUCUUCUUGCGCCGCUGAAUCGUCCAAUCUCAUCUCCGUAUACGGACGAGCCGCUAGCAGAUCGCUCUUGUCUUCUGAAGAACCAAACACGGAGCUUGUCGUUGAUCUCUCCGGGAAAGUGUCCUUAAUCAUGCACCCAUCGAACAAACCAAUCUGGUCCUUUUCAUCAGGAUCGCCCAUUCAUUCCUCCUAUCAGGCUCCUCUUAGUGUUGUUAACAACACAGAGAACGCUACUGAGAUAAGCAAAGCCUUCGUUGUUGAGUAUAUAGACAACUCUGAGGUCACCACGGUUGAUGAUGGCUAUACUAGAAAGACCAUGGAGGACUUGCUCAUGGAGAUGCCGCGCGUGACUGAUGAUGGUCUAACUCUUGGAUCCAAAACAUCUACUACUUAUUUAGUUGAUGCCUUAUCAGGGAGGCUACUCCAUGUUUAUAAAACCACACAGUCUUCAGGAGAUAAUAAGAACACUAACGUUAUGGUGAAGCCCACUACCGCUGAUAAUUUGGUCAACCUACAGCUUCUCAUCACGCGAACUGACUCCAAGCUAGAGCAUUUCGAUAAAACCUCGCAGAAGCCUGUGUGGAACGUGACGGUUUCUCAUUUCCGAGCUGAUUUGCGCUGUGAUUUGGCUUUCAAUAGAGACAAGAACCUCGGUCCUGAGAUUCUCACUGGAAUCUAUAUGCCGUUGCGGUGUGGUGGUAAUCACACUGACAUCCGUGCGCUCGUCAGAUCAGGGGUUUUCAUCAGGGUGCCUCAGGGUCAGCGAGUGGGAACUGAAAGUGGCUAUGAUGCGAAAAUGCUGCCCUCUGCAGCAACCAGAGAGUCAAGGAAGUUAUGGGAACAUGAUGUGUUUGCCAAAGGUUUCAGAUGGUCGCCGGUGAAGUUAUUGGUCCCUUUGUUUGUUGUCUGUGCUGUUGUCAUCUCUGUUUUCGUAAAAAGAUCUUGGUCGAGCGGCGGUGACUUGAAUUCAAAGUCUGGACCGUCCAAGAAGAAGAAGAACCGUAAAUCAAGGCAGUCAGACUUCGAGCUGAUUGAAGGAGGUCAGAUGUUGCUAGGCUUCACUAACACUCUAAACGGUGCAGCUGAUGGGAGAAAGAUUGGUAAGCUGUUUGUAUCGAAUAAAGAAAUCGCAAAGGGAAGUAACGGGACCGUGGUGUUUGAGGGUGUUUACGAAGGCCGGCCAGUAGCUGUGAAACGGCUUGUUAGAUCCCAUCACGAGGUUGCUUUCAAGGAGAUUCAGAACCUCAUUGCGUCUGAUCAACACUCGAAUAUCAUUAGGUGGUACGGCGUGGAGUAUGACAGGGAUUUUGUUUACCUCUCUCUGGAGCGUUGCACAUGCAGUUUAGAUGAUUUGAUCAAAACCUAUUUAAAUGUCUCUGUGACUAAAGUAAUGGGAAACAGCGGAUCUACAGAAGCUGCGAAUGAGAUCAAACUGGCUUCCUUGGAGGGAGUUGCGGAGGGUAACAAUUUGUGGAAAGUGGGAGGCCACCCGUCACCGCUCAUGCUCAAACUAAUGAGAGAUAUAGUUUUUGGGCUUGCUCACUUGCAUGAAUUGGGAAUAGUUCAUCGGGACUUGAAACCACAAAAUGUAUUGAUAAGUAAAGGGAUGAAUUUGAGUGCAAAGCUUUCUGAUAUGGGCAUUAGCAAGCGUCUAACUGGGGAUAUGUCAUCCUUGGGUCAUUUUGCCACAGGGUGUGGUAGUUCUGGUUGGCAAGCACCGGAGCAGCUUCUUCAAGGCCGCCAAACACGAGCUGUGGACAUGUUUAGUUUAGGAUGCAUCCUCUUUUACUCUAUAACUGGUUGUAAGCAUCCAUUUGGAGAUGAUCUUGAACGUGAUGUCAACAUCGUGAAGAACAAAGUUGACUUGUUUCUAGUAGAACAUGUUCCCGAAGCUUCAGACCUGAUCUCUCGUUUAUUAAAUCCAAACCCUGAUUUGCGACCAAGUGCUAAAGAAGUAUUGCUCCAUCCAAUGUUCUGGAACUCAGAGAUGAGACUCUCUUUUCUCCGGGAUGCUAGUGACCGAGUAGAGCUCGAAAACAGAGAGGCUGAUUCCGAGAUCUUGAGAGCAAUGGAGAGUACAGCUCCAGUGGCUAUAGGAGGGAAGUGGGAUGAAAAGCUAGAACCUAUCUUCAUUACUAACAUCGGACGGUACAGGCGUUACAAGUAUGACAGUAUCCGUGACUUGUUACGUGUCAUUAGAAACAAAUUGAAUCAUCACCGAGAACUUCCUUCAGAGAUCCAGGAACUUGUUGGAACGGUUCCAGAAGGAUUCGACCAGUACUUCUCUGUUCGGUUUCCGAAAUUGCUGAUUGAAGUCUAUAGAGUCAUCUCUGUGCAUUGCAAGGAAGAAGAAGUAUUCAGAAAGUACUUCAAAUGCAACAACAUGUAAUAUAAACCAAUCCGCUCUCCAGCCCCUGUUUGUAAUCCAUGUUUGUUGUUGCUACAUAUUACAUAAAUUAACUGCUAUCUAUCUAAAUCGAUUGCUAUGUGCGUUA